AUAAGGAGACAACUUUGUAUUCUAUAAAGAAAACGAAACCAUAGAAGAAGAUGAUGGAUAGUGAGGUCAAGAUCUUCAUCAAGGUAUGGAUUGCAUCAAUUGCAUCUAUGUGUUACUGUUUCUUCAUAGCCAAACACAUCCCAAAAGGCAUUACUAGGCUCUUCUUCUUCAUACCCAUCUUCUAUCUCCUCAUCACACUCCCCUUCAACCUCCACUCCUCCCAUCUUGUUGGUCCCACAUCCUUGUACCUUGUUUGGCUUGCCAAUUUCAAGCUCCUCCUCUUUUCAUUUGAUCUGGGUCCCUUAUCAGAUUCAAAUUCCCUCCUCCUCUUUUCAUCUCCACUGCACUCCUACCCAUCAAGAUCAAACAAGACCCAUCUCCAAAUUCACCCCCAAAUCCCCAAACCAAUCCAAACCCACCUCCAAAAUCAUCACCAGAUGUGCAGAGAUCAGCUCAAUUGGCUAACUACUAAGGCAUUAUAUGAAAGUAUAUUAUAUGUUAACACCAUCAAGAUCAAACAAGACCCAUCUCCAAAUUCACCCCCAAAUCCCCAAACCAAUCCAAAGCCACCUCCAAAAUCAUCACCAGAUGUGCAGAGAUCAGCUCAAUUGGCUAAGUUUGUAUUGGUUUUGGCCAUACUGAUUCUCACAUACUAUUAUGGUGAAUACUCGUACUCAUUUUUCGUUUUGGGUCUCCACUGGUGCCACUUGUACCUGGACGUACUAGCCAUCAGUGCAAUCCUCGCUCGAGUGAUUCAAGGUCUCGAGCUUGAGCCACAGUUCAAUGAGCCCUAUCUGUCCACCUCACUGCAAGAUUUUUGGGGUCGUAGGUCGUACCUCAUGAUUACGAGUAUUCUACAGCCCACGGUGUACAUUCCCAUACGGUGUAUUUCUACGCGUAUGUUGGGCCGUAAGUGGGCCCCAUUGCCAACGAUUGUAUCUACAUUUUUUGUGUCAGGUCUGAUGCACGAGAUGAUGUUUUUUUAUCUUACACGUUCCAGUCCCACAUGGGAGAUUACGUGGUUUUUUGUUUUUCACGGGGUGUGCACGGCAGCGGAGGUGGCGGCGAAGAAGGCGGUGGGUGGUGAAUGGCAGUUGCACAAGGUGGUUUCCAGGCUGUUGACAGUGGGUUUUUUGGCAGUGGCCAGUGCUUGGUGUACGCCAAAUUGCACAACCCAAUAUGUCAUUUUCGUACCACCAUCCAUACUAGUACGAUUUCACUUGGUAGUAGCAUAA